AUGAGCGGCCCACCACCCAUGAGCAACAGCCAUACGAAUGGACACUCCAACGGUCAGUCUUUUCUCAGUGGUCUAGAGAGUCAGCUAGAGGGCUUUCGUAGAUCUGAUGCUCAGCGUGACGCAUUAGUUCAGGAAGUCAUUCACAGAUAUGCUGAGCUGCAACAGCAGUUCCAUAACAAGUCCGAAGACUACGAGAAUGAGCUCGCUUCUCGUCGCAUGUGGCAAGCGCAAGCUCGUAACUUUGAACGCACACUACAAACAACAACCAUGGGUCUUUUCCACGACUAUCUCUACAAAGCUGGCAGCGACGGCGGUGCCGAUGCUGCUCAAGAGCUGCACAACAAAAUUAGAGAUCAUGUCGCAGAGUGCUAUCCUGACCGUAACACAUCUGGCUACGACAUCAUGGUCCAGAUAUUCUAUAACAUGGAAGGACUUAGCCACAAAUUGAAGAGCGUGGGCAUCUUUAAGAAUCCGAAUGAGAUGGCUCCAUUUGCCAGAGCNUUUUCCCUAAAUAAGUCUCUGUUCAGCUUCAUCGAUGUUGGCAGCGGCAAGGAACGAGCGGAUCAUAAAGUCAGAGGUAAACUGGCCCAUUCACUCAGCUAUGGAUGUGCACAUUUGGCUGACUGGUUCUACNNAGAGACACUAAGGUUGUUCUUGCCCAACAUGCAGUGUAAGCAUGUCAUCUUUGGAGGCUGCCAUGAUAACGGAUAUCUACCGACGCUCGACCCUUACAAGCGCGAUCAGAACACGGCUCCGCGUAUCAGUCUGCUGGAGACCCUACCCAUUCAACCAGGGUUCAAACAGCUCGGUUUCAAGGUCGUGCAGUUCCCUACAGUCUUUAGAUCGGAGCCGCUGCCAGAUAGGUCAAUUGUGCCUACUUUCGUACCUUCUACGGUGCAGAGCAACGCUGUAGCUCAGCCCAACUCUGCCUUGUCCAGUCGAACCAAUUCAUUUGCGACUAGUGGCAUGUCGGUUGAUCCGUCACCUACACCGGCACAAGCAGCUGCAUCUACUUUACCGAAGACUACCACACCCAACCCUAGCGACAACUCGUCGUGGGCAAGCGUAGGAAAAGGAGCACCUAAAACCAUAAACAUCGCUGCAAAGAAGGCGCCAGCCCGCAGGUUCAUCCUCCUCAACGCUGACGACGAACGCAUCGACUCGGUGUUGCCACGCGCUGACGCAGCAGCAACUGCCCGCCUUCUCGAGCGUGUGCGCCACAAGAAAGUUUGCAAUAACUACCAUCUCAACGGCAAGUGUGAAGCGGGCAAAUAUUGCGACUAUGAUCACGGUGAACGUUUGAGUCCUGGCGAGCAGUUGGCACUCAAGCAACGCGCUCGUCAGAGAUGUUGUCCAGAGCGUGGCUACUGUAGGGACUUUGACUGCACUAAUGGUCAUGUCUGUCCAUAUGGCAAGGAUUGCUACAACGAUAAUUGUUGGUUCCAGGACGUACACGACAUCGACACGGUAAGCUGCGUUUCNAAACCUCUUUCCAGAAUAUUUGAAGAUGGAGAACAGGAAUGGAAUCUGAAGUAG